AUGAGCGACGAAGUCUACGAGGGUGCCAUUGGCAUCGAUCUUGGCACAACCUAUUCUUGCGUUGCCAACUACGAGGGCACCAAUGUCGAGAUCAUUGCCAACGAGCAGGGUAGCUUUACCACUCCCUCGUUCGUCUCCUUCACCAGCGAGGAGCGUCUGAUCGGUGAGGCGGCCAAGAACCAGGCGGCCAUGAACCCGGAGAACACCGUCUUCGAUGUCAAGCGAUUGAUUGGUCGCCGAUUCGAUGAUGAGACCGUCAAGAAGGACGUUCAGUCAUGGCCCUUCAAGGUCGUUGACCAAAACGGCAGCCCGAUCGUCGAGGUCGAGUACCUCGGUGAGCGCAAGCAGUUUUCUCCCCAGGAGAUCUCUGCCAUGGUUCUCGUCAAGAUGAAGGAAGUUGCUGAGGUCAAGCUCGGCAUGAAGGUCGAGAAGGCUGUCAUCACCGUGCCCGCCUACUUCAACGACAACCAGCGUCAAGCCACCAAGGAUGCCGGUGCCAUCGCUGGCCUGAACGUUCUCCGUAUCAUCAACGAGCCUACCGCCGCUGCUAUCGCCUAUGGUCUCGGUGCCGGAAAGUCGGACAAGGAGAGGAACGUCCUCAUCUACGAUCUUGGUGGUGGCACCUUCGAUGUGUCUCUGCUGCACAUCCAGGGUGGUGUUUUCACCGUCAAGGCCACCGCUGGUGAUACCCAUUUGGGCGGACAAGACUUUGACACGAAUCUUCUCGACCACUUCAAGAAGGAAUUCACGAAGAAGACUAAGAAGGAUAUCUCAGGGGAUGCCCGCGCUCUGCGCCGUCUCCGGACUGCUUGCGAGCGUGCUAAGCGAACACUCUCCAACGCUACUCAAACCACUGUUGAGAUCGACUCGCUGUUUGAUGGCGAGGAUUUCAACACCAACAUCACCCGUGCCCGUUUUGAAGACCUGAACCAGAAGGCCUUUGCCGGCACCCUUGACCCAGUCGCGCAGGUCCUCAAGGAUGCGAACAUCGACAAGAGCAAGGUUGACGAGAUCGUGCUCGUUGGUGGUUCCACUCGUAUCCCCAAGAUCCAGAAGCUCCUCAGUGACUUCUUCAACGGCAAGAAGCUCGAGAAGAGCAUCAACCCCGAUGAGGCUGUUGCCUACGGUGCCGCUGUCCAGGCCGGUAUCCUCUCUGGCAAGGCUACCUCCGCCGACACUGCCGACCUUCUCCUUCUCGACGUCGUUCCUCUCUCCCUUGGUGUAGCCAUGGAGGGUAACAUCUUCGCCCCUGUUGUCCCCCGUGGACAAACGGUGCCCACCAUCAAGAAGAGGACCUUUACCACCACGGUCCAGUUCCCGGUUUUCCAGGGCGAGCGUGUCAACUGCGAGGACAACACCUCUCUUGGAGAGUUUACCUUAGCGCCAAUUCCACCAAUGAGAGCAGGUGAGGCCGUCCUCGAGGUCGUCUUCGAGGUCGAUGUCAACGGUAUUCUCAAGGUCACCGCUACCGAGAAGACCUCCGGCCGCAGCGCCAACAUCACCAUCUCUAACGCCGUUGGCAAGCUCUCGUCCUCUGACAUCGAGAACAUGAUCAACGAUGCCCAGAAGUUCAAGACCAGCGACGAGGCCUUCAGCAAGAAGUUCGAGUCGAGGCAACAGCUUGAGUCGUACAUCUCCCGUGUUGAGGAGAUGGUCUCUGACCCCACCACCGCUAUCCGCCUCAAGCGCGGCCAGAAGGAGAAGAUCGAGUCUGCCCUUUCUGACGCCAUGGCUCAGCUCGAGGUUGAGGAUGCUCCUGCUGAGGACUUGAAGAGGAAGGAGCUUCUGCUGAAGCGCGUUGUUACCAAGGCUUUCUCUACUCGCUAA